UAAAAUUUCAAUUCUAAUACAUUAUUAAGUAACAUGUAAUCAAAGUAGAGUGUAUGAAGAAUAACAAAUUCAACUCGAUGCAAUUAUUUCAGAAUGGGGAUAUUAUGAGUUAUACGAAUUAUAAAAAUACAAACACAAAAUUAGACAUCUUUAAAAACAUGGAGCUUCAAACAUUAUUAUUUAGAACAUCAUUACCAUAUACGGACUACUAAACAUUACAAAAAUAUGACCAAGCAGAAGUUGUCCAUGGUCCUGUCCAGCAUCAAGAAGAACACAUUACAGCCAGCCCAUAUUUCAUAAUUCCCCACACCGAUUUCUUUUAAGCUGUUUCCUACUCCAAAAACAUCAGAGCCUAAAAUAGCAGGCAGUUACUGCUGUGACAUUAAGAUUGAAACAAUGAAAGGCCAGAUGAAAAAUGCUUCUUUUCCAGAGCAAGAAAGCACUAAAUGAAUGUGAGUGUGAAUUUAAGCUGACCAGCAGCACGUAUCAACUGUUGAUCUAAAUGACGUUGUUGGCAACGUUCUCCCAAAAGUGAGAGUCUUAUAACCUUUAGUAACAACAUUGUAUGAAAUCAAAUUUCCUUGCCCAUGUCCAUCGUAAGCUAGCAAGAUUUCCUCAUUGUUAAGAAGGCAUACAAUCCGUAACAUUUCUUCACCACGGGUCCUCCAAUUGCGAUCAAAUUUGAGAAAUUCGGCCCCAAAAACAUACUGCUUCACCCAAGAUGAUUCCACUUCAUAUGUUUUCAUCACCCAAAUAUGCAUCCUUGAAUCAACUCUUCUUACACCAACCGACAAACACCCCCCUAAAACAGCAAGUUGAGAUCUUUUACUGUUUCGAAAUAUAACCUCCACAGGCAUGGGAACAUCCUUGACAGAAUAAUCCAUGAUGGCAAUCGAUGUAAUAUUAAGAAAACGAGUCAAUUUCCCUUUGUUUUGAACAGUGAGACAGUGGAGUUUCCCAUUCACCAAAACUCCUUGAUUUUCCGACUGAUCUUCUACUUUAAAAGAAAACUCUCCUAAUCUUGUCCACUCAUUCCUACUCAGACAAUAUACAUAGGCUAUUGACCUAAAUUCGUCCAAAUCAUAAGUGGGGCGUAUAGCAAAUAUUUUGUAAUCGUUGGUAAGUGGAUGGCAAGCAGCCCACCAAUACGAAUAAGAUGAAGAACCAUCAAUUUCAGGUACAAGUUUAUAGUCCCUUGUGAAUGGAUUAUAUAGGCAGUUCCAUCUCCAAUUAUGCAGAUCUUGUAAGAUCAUAAUGCCAUUGGAUGAGCCGAGAACCGAAAACGCUCUUGGUGUAAGAUCAACAAAUGCAUUUUGAAUUUUACUUGCAAUCAAUCCGUCUUCAUUAAUAUCAGAGAAUUCGACAAAGUGGAGUUCGUUUUUAUAUGAUGAAUAGAAAUAGAGAAGUUUUGACCUUGUACUACUACUACUCCGAGAGAAGUGCAUACGAAAAACAUGGGAAUCAUGAGACCAGAGUUCCCAGGAACGACAAACAGACCUGAACUGGAAAAUAGAUUUGACAUUGGGAAGCCUCGAGAGAAUGUCCUUGGCGAUUUCUGGUGGCAAAUGACCAAAUAUAUUUUUGGGCUCAUCUUCAGCUACUUCUUUCUUCUGCUUUAAGAGGAGGCGGUUACUUCUCUUCUUUGGUUUUGGGAGAUCCAUGGCUGUCGGUUUCUAUAGAUUAGCGACUCAGAUAACUAUUAAACUAAAGAUGCACAUCAGCCUCCUAUUUCGGUUAAUUUCAUUUAUGCCACUCCUUUGCCCCAAGCAAUUACGAAUACUGAAAUGAAGGAAUCUAUCUGCCACUUUUGAAAAAACAAAAUACAUUAAACACAUCAUGAGCUGAAAAGGAACAAACAAUAGAGAGCCACCAAAAGAAACAGGGAUAGUCAAAUAAUGGAGCCUUUUCAUGUUAUGACUUAUUAAUCAAUAGGCAAAUCUGGAAAAUACAAUCACAUUAUAUGAUAACUCGAAAAAUGAAAAAACUGCACUUCAAAAGAACCUCUUAAACAAACGAAUAUGAGAAUACAAAAAAUGAAAGGCAAAACACAGCGAGACUGAAACAGACAUUUCAAUAGGAUCACUUUAAAGUUCGAACAAUUAUGAAUAAAUGGCUUCACUUAAGUGAGGGGAUCUAUCCACUAUUUUUGAAAAGGCAAAAAACAUCAAAUUCAUCAUAAACUGAAGAAUAGAAAAUAGUGGACAGCCAAUGAAAGAAGCAGGGAGGGUUAUGCAGUAGAGCCUCUUCAUGAUAUGACUUAUUAAUCAAUAAGCAAAUCUAAAAAAAAUACAAUCGCAUUAUAUGAUUACUCGGAAAAUGAAAACUAUCACACUCCAGUAUUCCACCAAUCCUCCAAAGCACCUCUUUAACAAACAACUACUCCGUAUAACAAUAAAAAGAAUUGAAGGAAAAAUCGGUGAUACUGUGAAACAGACACUUCCAUAGUAACACUUCCAAUACCAUAGAACCAGGAUGAAAGAUUCAAUAAAAUUAUGCGCAACAGAUAUCUUAGAAGCAGGCAAUUUCGUAACUUUAAUACAUUAGUGAGAAAAAAAAUCAGAAACAAAAUUACGACUCGCAAUAUACGGAUGCCAUAGUUAUGUCUAAGCUUUCCUAAAUUCCAGAACAAAAUACGUAGUAUCACAUAAGAAAAGCUAACCCAGAAAAUGUUGUGGGACUGGAAUCCAAAAAUACAGAGAUUUCCAUGGCUUUCACGAUGACGAUGGCUUUCACGAUGACGAGAAGCAAUGCAGAAUUAGGUCUGGAAGUAUAAAACGGACUCCUAAAUUGUUUAUAAAUGAAUUGACAAUGGCUGAUUAGUGGAGAAAACGGCCUCAAUUGUUAAAGAAUCCCUAAAUACUUCACUAUUGUUGUAGGGAGAAUUGAUCGUAGAGUUUCAUUACCGAAUGCCCCUAUAAAUAGGGAUAGAAUAGGGUUUACAAGUACGGGUCAACAGGCCCAAAUUACAUAGUAUACAUAGGAAUGACCCUAAUACAUAUUCUAUAUAAACGAUAGCACACUACAUAGAAUUUCCUUCAACACUCCCCCUUGUGCUGAGUUGAAUAUAGAAUUUCGUAUCUGUCUUGUCUCAUCAAAUCCUCUGUCAAGUAACAAAAACUCUGUGGGAAAAAUAACCUUGACUGAAGAAAAAGAGUAUAGCAUCCCGAUAGGCUUCUUCCAUUAAGUCUAUCCUUAUUUGAUCCUUGCUUUGAUCAAUAUAAUUUAUGUGUCUGGUUACCUCAUUAAAAACCUUACCAAGUAACAAAACCCAGUGAGAAAAAUAAAACUUAAUUAAAGGAAAAGAGUGUAACGCAGUGUAGAUGGGGAACUCCCCCUCAAGUCUACCAUAUCCUUAAAAAUUACAUUAAUCAAGGAUGUUUGGAAAGUUCAUACAUUCCAAUACUUUUAAGUUAAUCACCAUAUCGAAGGCACACAAAUAGAGGAAUAUAUUCCCUUUAAUUCUCCCCCUGUGUGCCAAGUAUAAGGUGAUAAGAGUAAAAAUGUUAUAACUUGCUAAACCGUUGCCAAUUAGCAACACCCAAUAGGGAAAAAAAAUAAACAUCAGCCGAAGGGAAAAGCAAGUAUGAUGCACCAGUAUCCGCAUCAAUUACUUUUGAUAGUAAUCAUGUUCUUUCUUCAACAUUGUUUACCUUUACAAAAUUAAAAUGUGGUGCAUAUUGUGUUGUCUCAAAAAAAACUUUGCCAAGUAACAAAACCCAGUGGGAAAAAUAAACCUUGGUCAAAAGAGAAAAAAAAUACAACGCACCAAUAUACUUGAUGAUAAAUAAGUAUGUAAGGUACUCCCCCUAGUGAAAACACAUCAAUACUUGAUAUAUACUUUUAUCAAGGUAUUAUAUAUAUAACAUCAUGGUUACUUGCAUGAAAAAUAUAUACUCAUUAGCAAAAUACCAAUGAGGUAAGGGGAUCCCAUCAUUGAUAAAACUCAAAUCACUUAGGAAUUGUGAUAGAGUAAUACUUUUGAUAUUUUUAAAUUCCCUUAGGAAUAUUGUUAUCAUCAAUCAUUCAAUUCAAUGUAUAAGGGAUGAUUAAAGAUUACAUCAAUGGUUUCAUAUAGAUAUUAAAGAACAUUCUUCAUACCAUUCCAAUGACGAUCAUACGAUGUGUUGGUCCUAAACUACUUUUAGCUAACACAUUAUUGAGAAUGUAAUAUGUGGUCGAAUGUGUUUGUCAAAGUACAAUCACGCGCAUAUUGCACUUACAUAGGGAAUUCCUUCUCCCAACAUAGUGGAUCUUUUCAAGUAUCCAUAUUUCGACCGAUCAUGGGAGUGCUAACAAUUUACAUUUAUCCAUGUUAAUUUGCCUGAGAAUUCUUUUGGAUAUAUGUAACUGGUGAAUUAAUAUUCAACCAACUCGGUGUUUAAUUUCAAAACAGACCCGAGUUUCCCGAGAUCCUUUAUCUCAAUUAUGUCUAUAUCAUGUAGAUAUUGUGAUAUUUGGAAACAAAACUUAUUUCCAUUAUAAAUGCGCAAGGCAUAAUAUAUUCAUUUUGCAUCCCUUUUCUGUCAAGUGGUCACUUAGACGGGUAUGUCACUUCUGCCUGGAUUGAUUUAAUCCAAAUGUGUAUGUUUUAAUGUAAAUAUACAAUGCAAUUAAAACCACUUGAUUAGAAAUAAUGAAAACACAACAGAUGUUUCGUAUAUAUCUCUUAAAUAAAUUUUUACUGAGACAUUUAAUAGCCACACUCUAAGUCACGUCUCCAUUACUUUGGAGACUACUUAGAGAUUGAAUGGAUGAACAUUUUUAUGUUCAAAAAUAGAGAAGUAUAACUUUUCUUAUUUGAAUCCAGGGCAUUAUGAGAAUAAUUAUGACCUCAUUAUCUCAAUACGCUUUCUAACAAAGAAUUAUGCUAUGUCCUACAGGCUUUACAUUUGGUUGAUUAGCACUAUCACACCAAAUACCUGUCUCUUUGUCAAAUAUUAAAUUUAUUCCUGGAUUACUUGUACGCAUUUAGGCCAAUGUUCUCAUUGCUUUCGUAUUGCAAUAGAGUAUGGUUCGAUAUCAUUGUGCUCUAUAUUCCUUUGAGCAAUCGUAGAAAUAUAUCGUCAGUAUAAAUGUAUGGUCGACUCAUACACGCUCUCAUUAACAUUGAGAUUUUAAUUCUCUGGAAUCAUUUGAACUUCGGGGCGUCCCCCAUUAUUGAUUCAUGGACAUAUUUAGUCAGAGAUAAUCUCGUGAGAGGAAUUCAUAUGAUGACGAAUAUAUUGGUUUGUGCCUUAUGUACCCUCUACUACUUAGGGUGGACAAUUAAUCAAACCAUGUGGCUUCCCUCUAUUCCCUUAGAGAGCCACGGCCUCAACCACAACCCCACUGCUUGUGAUUGCAAUGCUUCUUCCUUUAGCAUUGUGUCUUUGAAUUUGAACUUCAAACCUUAUAAAUAUGUUUGCAGCUAGUGUGUAUAAUCUGAUUACAUAAAUCAUUUACUUUGACUUCAAUGUUACAUUUUGAAGUCUAAGAUUUAUCAUUGAGACAAAGUAGUGAUGUACCAUCAAAAUGAUUCUGUCAUUCAGUUAGAGAUUUUUUUCUCUAAUCUCCCCCUAAUGACAGGAAAAUCAAUUGUCUCAUCAAAGUGAUAUUCCACAAAAUGGAGAACACAUUAUUUGUUAAGGCUUGUAGCGGGUUAUCAUUGGAGGUUCAUAUCCAACAUAAACAUCAUUUGUCUUUUAAAACCGAUUAUAGUGCGUUGUGGGAGGCGCAUUAGGCACAAUUAGUUAACAACCAUAUAUGUGUAAGUAGAACAUCUCAGGCUAAGAUCCAGUCACCAACUGGUAUACACAAAAGUGGUUGUCUACUAUCGGUCUAAAAAACAAAUGUGUAAGAGUGCUUGCAAUAUUGCAUAAUCCCAUGAAAAUAGUUAUAUAUACGUGUGCGCAUAGUAGAUAUAAUAUUCAUCAUAUAUAUAUUCUUUUAGAUGUGAGCUUUAGUGAGACUUUAUUUUUACAUGGGAUGUGAGAUGAUUUUCAUUGAUCUCGACAAAUAUGCAAUAUCCAUCAAGUAAUUUUGAUGAGAAUUAUCUAGCAAUAACAAGUCAUAUAGACUUGAUUGGUCGGGUGGUGAACCCUUAAAUGAAUAAAUUUUGCUAGAAGUUUUGCAAAUGCAACAUUUAUUUGUGUAACAUAAAAGUAAAAAGCAUGGGGGAAUUUCUACCAAACCAUAAUUACUUAAAUGGCCCGCAUUUUGGUAGAUAAAUUCUCACAUGUGACAUUGUACUGAAAAAAUGAGAUAUCUUUAUUGUUAUAUCCUUAGUAUAGAUAAGUCUCGAUUUCACUAUUGCUAAGGAGUAAACUUAUGAAAUAACUGACGUGCCUUUUACUAUACCUGUAAGGCACAAUAGAAACGGAAUAUUUCUACUCAUACUUUAGAAGAUAAAUAUAAUUUUUCUAUUUAUCAAUGCUAAGACCAACAAUUUACAUUGUCUUGGAUUCAGGUGUAUCCUUGUGUAUCCUUCAGUUGAAUGAUUAAAAAUCAUAGUGACCAUUUCACUCAUAAUUUAUUAAAUAUGCAUUUUCUUUUGCAUUUAUUAGAUGCAAUAUAAUAUUUUCUAUCUCAUUUUUAUGGGAAAUUUCUGUGUGAAACCCCAUUAAGGGUAGCUCGGCGAACAUUGAAAUUCCCUCAGUAUGAGAGUUCUGGAAACAUCCCAUCACAAGGGUGUAUAAAGGGCAAGUUUUUCUUGUCACUUUGACAAGAGACCGCUCACAAGACUUGGACUCAUGACAUGAUUCCAUUCUAUGUGAAAACCAUUGUGAUGCACUAAAUUAGAACGUGGUAAAUUUUGGUAACUUCUAGAUGCAUUUAGAGGUCAUGUGUACAAUUCUUUCAACAUAAAUGAUUUUAAGGAAUUACUUCAAUAAAUAAAUAUUCAUUCUUUAAUUUAUUGUGUAUCAUCACAAUGAGUUAAAAUACUUAUUCAAUAUAGGUGGUAAUAGUUUGCAAAUGUCACUCAUAUACUUUAGAGUGUCAUGAUCCCAAAUAGAACGAUGUUCAUAUCAUUUUACUAUUUAUGGAUAUAUCAUGUUGUAUCUAUUUGGUUAUGAAUGAGAUUCAUAGAUAUGCAUUUAGUGAAUCCAGAUGCAUAAACAUCUCAAAUAUAAUUUGAGAUAAACAUUGAGAUAUCAAAUCAAUUUAUAAUCUCAAAUAAAUACUCAUAAUUUAUAUUGAACUGCAAGACUCCGAAUAAAUAUCUGAUUUAGGAGAAGUAAUUUCUAUAUUUCUAAAACUCAUUUAAGAGUUAAAUAAAAAAUGAAUAAAUUCGGAAAUUAGAGAAAAUUCUUAUUCUCAACAUAAUGGGCAAGCAUAAAGUCAAAUUUAUAUUUAAUCUCUCAUGCAAUGAAUCUUUUGUUCUUUAAAGAUUCUAUGAGGAUUGAUACUAAAAGCGUACUCAAUUAUAUCAUGAUGAGAUUAUUGAGAUUAUUACAUUUGACACACUUAUGUUCAACGAUCUACUCCACAAAAAAUCAUAUUCUAUUUGGAAACUUAUUUGUCUAAAUAACUUGUAAAUGUUUUUAUUUCCAAAGAAAAAUAUUAUUACCAUUGAAAACGGACAAAAUAAGAAUAUAUCUCAUUCGUACAAGCUCAUAAGCUUUUGAUGAUCACACUCUCAUUUAUACUAGUUCAUUAGUAUAAAAUUAAUGACAAGUGGAAAAUGCAUUGUGAUAUGAACCCGAAAAAUGCGUGCAUUAGUAGGUAUAAAUGUGCUUGAUGAAGCAACUUACACUUUUGCACUUAAAGAAGUGAAAAUUAUGUGUUAAAGAAAAUAGAGACUAUUUAAUGAAUUAAUCUAUAGAUUACUCUAUCAUGCCCCACUUCUUUGAGUGAGUGAUACUCAUGAUGCUCAACUUCAAUGGAAGAUAUUCCCAUUGUAGUUGGAAUAAAUGUGGCAAGGCGCCUAAGAAACAUGAAUACAUCAACUUUUAUCUUUCAAGACGGUGUAUUGUCUUUCGCAUUUUCAACAUAAGUGAGCAUAAGGGUAGUUUCUACAUAAUCUGUCCACUGAUGGUACUCAAGUCCUUCUGAAUCCAGAAUGUCAAAUCGAGAUCAAGUUGGAUUUAUCAUCUUUAAAGAAAUGGACUAAAUGAAAUGAUCAUGAGUACUUCCAUGACAUUUGGAUGGAAUAUAAUAUUAAAUUUUAACUUGUAAUGAGGUAAAGAAAUAUGCAAUUGUUUGCCUGACAAUUCUUAAUCUCACAUGACAAUUACUAAUAGAAGAGAUUGAAUGUUGAAAGUGAGCUAAUCUCACCAUUCAUAUGCAUAUGCGUAUAGUAGGUUAAAAGAUACGGAGUAUGAUUAACAGAGGUACAAAAUGGUUUAAUAUUUUUUUUAAUUAAGAUUAUUUAUGAGUAAUUUGUUAAUCCAUAAUUAUAGGUAAAAUGGUUUCAUAAAUUAACAAAGAAGCAAAACAUGUUUUUAAGGAUGGAGAAAAUAUAAUUCUGUUUAAUAUAUUUGGUUUCAACACAUAAAAGUUUAUGAAUUAAAGAAAAACAAAACAAGAACAGAACAAAACUUAAACAUACUCAGCAUACGUACAUAGUACAUAAAAGAAAUUAAUAAAUUUGUGACAUAAUCAUCCUUCGUGAUGUGCAAAAAAAAAUUGUGAUAUGGCACGUAAAACAAUCAGUAUUGAACAAUAGAAUCACACAGUCAAGUUUUGAAACGAUGAUACCUGGAGAUUGCAAUUUGUGGCCAUUGUAAAUUUGGCCCAUUUUUUUAGCCCCUUGUGAAGCCUUCCACGGAUUUCAAGCAACGCAAAGCAAUGAUGUAUGACCGGCGGGCUACUGCUUUGCGUGAUGAGAGGCGGCAGUGCUAGAUACUCCAGUAGCAGGGGGUGAUCCUCUAGUAGCAGAUCGUGCAAGCCUCGUCAUUCAGAGGCAGAUCCUGUUGCCGGGCGUUGGCCUUCAGCGGUAGAUCCGGCGGGCGGCAUCGUUCAGUGGCAGAUCUGGCGGGUGGGCAUCGGCCUUUUGUGGGCGUUGAUAAGCCCUGAGCGAGGACAUCGGAGCUUUAUUGAUUAAGAUGGUACAACAGUCCAUUCUCGGUAGAUCUGGCAAGUAUCAUUCUAGGCGAAGCUUUUCGUCGUUGACCGGUGCAAUAAUGAGAUGAUGCAGUUGGAAGCUCUAAGGAUGGCCUGUGAAGAGAUUAAGAAGGACAACGCCUCCUGCGGCGAGAAUGGAUCUCAAAGUUGAAGAUGAGACUUUGCAUAGCGAAGCGUGAACAGGGAUCCUUGUACAGAUCGGGAACAGCGUGCGAUGGCGGGCUGGACGAGCAGCGAGCGACAGCGGGCGGCUUCGUUCAGCGUCAGAUCCGGUGGGCGGGUGUCAGCCUUUAGCAGCAGAUCCGGUUGGCGGGUGUCUGCCUUCUUUGGCAGACGGCGAGCAAUAUCGGGCGAGCUUCGUUAUGGAUCUUCGUUCUAGAGCCAUCUGGAUUCGUGCUACUUGAGGAACAGAAUGAACGGCGUUGACUUUUAUCAACGGAUUUGGCGGGCGGCGUCUGGGGUUCUGCGGUAGUGAUUGACUGGUAGCGUGGCAGGUUAAGGGGCGGCGAACUGAGUUUUCUUGGCACUGGGUUAUGCUGUUAGCGACAGCUGGAAGAACGGAAAAGGUGGAGCAGCGUAGAUGCUGCGGCUAUGAGUGCUACCAAAGGCGGAGCAGAGAACGCAGAUGGGAGCGAAGAAAGAGAAAGCUAGGUUAGGUUAGGCUCGUGCUAAUAACGUGUUGUAGGGAGAAUUGAUCGUAGAGUUUCAUUACCGAAUGCCCCUAUAAAUAGGGAUAGAAUAGGGUUUACAAGUACGGGUCAACAGGCCCAAAUUACAUAGUAUACAUAGGAAUGACCCUAAUACAUAUUCUAUAUAAACGAUAGCACACUACAUAGAAUUUCCUUCAACA